CUCCCCCUCCUCCAUCCAUCCGCGCUUCCUUCCUUUCUUCUCUCCCGCUGGAUGGCGCGUUAGGAGCGUGUCCAGGAAGGCGCCGGGGCUCCUCUUCUUGUUCUCGGAUGGAGACGGGCUGAGCAGGGUCUAGAUCCGGCCGGCGCAGUCCACCUCCAGGAUCCCACUGGAAGCCCUAUAAAGCCGGAGAGAACAGCGAGAAGGGGAGACGCGAUCCUGCAUCAUCUGAAGGUCUCCUGCAUCUCUUCCAGGGCGUGUCACUGGGAUUCUGUUUACCAUGCGCGCUCUAAAAGGCGUGUAACCCUUUCAGCGUCUUCAGUGUGCUUUCGUCUCCAUGCAUUCUUCAAGGGCAGAGAUGGGCUCGGUCGGAGCGGAGCGCCGCAGGCCCACGCUGGCCCAGACACCUGAGGAGUGGGACGGGUGGAGGGAUCGAGGAAUGGCUGGAUGGAGGGAUGCGGGGAGGGAGGGCUGGAGAGAGGGAAGGGAGGGUGGCGUGGUGCACAGCUACAGUUUCGAUUCGUACCAGCUGGAGGAGGAGGAGAUCAGUAAGGAUGCCCCAGAGCGAGGAGUGCUGGCUCUGUCUGAGCCUGACUUUGAGCAGCCGAUCCCUGAUGACCGUUACCAUGGCAUCUACUUUGCAAUGCUGUUGGCAGGAGUGGGUUUCCUGCUUCCCUACAACAGCUUCAUCACUGAUGUCGACUACCUGCAUCACAAGUUUCAGGGAACGUCCAUAGUGUUCGACAUGAGUCUGACGUAUAUAGUAGUUGCUCUGCUGGCUGUGAUCCUCAACAAUGUGCUGGUGGAGAGGCUCAGUAUGCACACCAGGAUUACUGUGGGUUACAUCUUGGCCCUGGGGCCCCUCAUCUUUGUCAGUGUGUUUGACGUCUGGUUGGAAAAGUUCACCACUAAGGAGGCUUACGUCAUCAACCUGUUGUCAGUGGGAGUGGUGGCAUUCGGAUGCACAGUGCAGCAGUCCAGUUUCUAUGGUUACAUGGGGAUGCUGCCCAAGAGGUAUACUCAGGGGGUGAUGACUGGAGAAAGCACAGCUGGAGUGAUCAUCUCACUGUCUCGCAUCUUCACCAAGCUGCUGAUCCCUGACGAGAAGAAGAACACCCUGAUCUUCUUCCUCAUCUCCAUCAGCAUGGAGAUGCUAUGCUUUCUGCUUCACCUUGUCGUCCGACGCUCGUGCUUUGUCCGGUACUACACCAGCCACGCCCAGGGCAAAGGUCCGGUCAAAUGUCAUGAUCCACGAGAGACCGGCACAGGAUACAGGGUCCAUCAUGACGUCACAGCAGAGGAAGUAAUAUUUGGAAACGGAGGAACCGCACCGUCUUCCACAGAAGAAGGCCAUGAGGACUUUGUGGGCGGUACUUAUGUUAGAUUCGACGCUCCCAAAGCCAAGAUAAGGAAGACCUGGCCCGGUGUCCGCGACAUGAUCUUGCAUCGUUACAUGGUGUCCCGUGUGAUCUGGGCCUACAUGCUGUCCAUAGCUGUGACCUACAGCAUCACUUUGUGUCUGUUCCCUGGGCUGGAGUCAGAGAUAAGGAACCCCACCUUAGGCGAAUGGCUGCCCAUCCUCAUCAUGGCCACCUUCAACAUGUCAGACUUUGUUGGCAAGAUCCUGGCGGCGUUGCCCUACGACUGGUCCGGGGGCCGCCUGCUCUUCUUCUCCUGUCUGAGGGUGGUCUUCAUCCCUCUGUUUGUCCUGUGCGUGUACCCGGCGAGUGCGCCCAUGCUGUCCCAUCCUGCCUGGCCGUGUCUCUUCUCACUCCUUAUGGGAGUCACCAACGGCUACUUUGGGUCUGUGCCGAUGAUCCAGGCCGCUGGGAAAGUGCAACCCGAGCAGAGGGAGCUGGCAGGAAAUACAAUGACAGUCUCCUACAUGACGGGUUUAAUGGUGGGCUCCUCUGUGGCGUAUGCAACGUACAGCUUCACCCCUACAGCAGCAGGAGCACGCCUCCCCACAUACGCACCUUUCAAUGCUACAGGGCACUGAAUGUCUACAUAUACACUAAAACAUCCACACACACAAACAAAGAAGUAUAUAUGUACCUAUGUGCAGCAGAAGCAAGCAUUUAUAGUUGUAGCAACAUUUUCAUCCUCUGUAAUGAAUUUUCAAAGAGGAGCAGAGCUGGAGCUGCGCCCCUGGUACAGAAGUACUGAUGGUAAAAUAACUAUUUAUCCCUAUUAGACAGACCUUCAAGCAUCUUUCGCCCCUGUUUUAUAAUAAUACAUGAUUAAAUAUGAGAAGGUGACAUUAUUAUUGGGUUAUAUCAGCAUAAAUUAAAGAAUAUUUCUGCUACAAGCAGUUUGGGUCUUGAAAGUUUAAGAGAGGUGAUCAAAGACCGGAAAAUAUAAAAUAUACAAAUUUUUAAGUAAUUUAAACGUUUUAUUUUUAUUUUGUCUGUUUUCACAUUGAAUCCAAAUUAGACAUGGGGUUAUCUUAUUAAAGCUCUACAAUAAGUGUAUUUAAAGUGCAUUUAUCUUUCCAGAGUUCCUACAACAUUUAAAGCUGAAAAAAAACAGAAAAGUCUGUACAUGUGUAUACAAUAGCAUGCAAUCAGUUAGGUUCUUUUAUAUAGCAGGUAUGUUAGAUGAGCAAGUAAGAGUGUUGUCAUUUGCAAAACUACAAAGAUACAUUUCUGUGUGUGGGUAAGAAGCCUUGUGAUAAAUCCAACAGCAGCAACAUAAACUCUUCAUAAUCAAUGAAAACUGUAGAAAAGUCCAGUCUUCAACUUGAGCAUAUUUAUUCAGUAGAGGAAGAAAACAUGUUUAAGAAGGAGUUAUUUUUAACAAACAAUCAGUGGCACAGUGGUUGGUGCACCUAGCAAUCCCUUAAAAUGAAAUGCAAUUGGAGAUGUUUUUUAUAAUGAUGCUUUACUGUUAAAAGUGUUUAAAAAAACGUCUCGUCAGUAAUCCGUGAUU